AUGCAAGAAAAUACACUUGGUUUUAUUAAUUUAACGACUGACGACCGUCAUUUUACGGUAUUGCUUCAACGACCUGACAAGUGCUGUCUUUCCGACAUCUUCUCAUUUCUCACCCAUCUCUCUCUUUCCAUCCGUCUCUCUAUCUCUUUCUCUCUCUCUUUGUCUCACUCUUUAUUUUAUUCUCUUUCUGUCUGUCUGUCUGUCUCUCUUUCUGCCUGUCCCUCUUUUUGUUUCUCUGUUUAUCACUUUUUCUGUCUCUCUCUUUCAAUCUGUCUCUUUCUUUUUCUGUCUCUCACUUUCUCUGUCUCUCUUUCUCUUAUUCUCUCUCUUUCUGUUCGUCUUUCUUUCUCUUUUUCCGCCUCUCUCUUUUUUGUCUCUCUCUUUCUAUCUGUCUCUUUCUUUAGCUGCCUCUCUCUUUCUGUCUGCUCCUUUUCUGCCUCUCUCUUUCUUUUUCUGUCUUUCUCUCUCUUAUUUUCUCUUUUUCUGUCUGCCUGUCUCUCUCUUUCUUUGUGUCUCUCUUUUUCUGUCUCUCUCUUUCUAUCUGUUUCUUUCUUUCUCUCUCUUUUUUGUGUCUAUUUAUUUCUUUUUCUAUCACUCCCUCUCUCUUUCUGUCUGCCUCUCUGUCUUUUUCUGUCUCUCUCUCUCUUUUGCUGUCUGUCUGUCUGUCUGUCUUUCCUUAUCUCUUUCUCUUUCUGUCUCCUGCAUACAAUUCACAUAGCAAAUGAGAAACAUUCCUCAAAUUCUUUUUCAUUUUCCUUUCUUUCUUUCUUUCUUUCUUUCUUCCUUUCUUUCUUUCUUUCUUUAUUUAUUUUACUUAUUUAUUUACUUAUUUUUCUUUCCCUCUUUCUUUCUUUAUUAUUUCUUUCUCUCUUUAAUUUUUUUUCUUUCUUCCUUUAUUUCUUUUUCUUUUCUUUAUUUCUUUUUCUUUUUCUUUCUUUCUUUCUUUCUUUCUUUCUUUCUUUCUAUCUUAUUUCUCUCUUUCUUUCUUUUUUUCUUACUUUAAUUUUUUUCUUCUUCCUCUUCUUCUUCAAUAAUCAGCCGCCCAUUUCUGUUUCGUCACAGAAUUUUCGUUUCUUCUUCUUCUUCUUCUUCUUCUUCUUCUUCUUCUUCUUCUUCUUCUUCUUCUUCCACCAUUUUCCUUUCAUAUUCUCUUACUUCUUUAAAUUCUACUCCUUGUCCUUUUCAUCCUUCUUCGUUCCUAACUUCUUUUCAAACAACUUUCAUUUGUUUCCCUUUUUAUCUACACCCUCUUCACUUUCUUCGUUAAACUUAUCCCUGCUUCUUCGACAUCUUUUUCAUCCUUUUUUUUUUGCAUGA